AUGGAGAAUGCGGUGGGCGCGCUGUCGGACAUGGUGGAGGCGCUGCCAGGCAAGCUGGGCGAGCUGCUGCAGCAGGAUUACGAGCCUCUCUCCUGUGCCCGCGGGGACGUCACCUUCUUCCAGGCCGAGCUGAGCACCAUGCACGCCGUCGUCCUCCGCUGUGAAGCCCUCGAGGAGCCCGACGUCCAGGCCACCAGCUGGAUCGCCCAGGUCCGCGACAUCGCCUACGACAUCGAGGAAUGGGUCGACCUCUUCGCCCACCGCGUCGACGCCGGCACCAACAACGCCGGCGCCGGCACCAACAACGCUGACGCCGGCACCUCCCACCGGUUCUCCCGCUGGAUCCGCCGGCUCACCACCAUCCCCAACCGCCACAUCUUCGCCACCGAGCUGAAGGAGCUCCGAGCGCGCGUCGUCGAGGUGAGCAAGCUGCGGAAGCGCCACAGUCUCGGCCCGCAGAUGUCGUCUCAUCACGCGCCCGCCGUCGACCCCCGGCUCUUCGCGCUCUACGCCGACAGUGCCGAGCGGGAUCGGACGGGCCGCGGGACGAGGUGGCGGGGAUGGUGA